AUGAUGUUAAAUUUUGGCCCGAUAAUAUUACUAUAUUGUAUUGAUAUAUCGCUUGGGGCCAAUAUAUUGUACUUGGCCCCAUUCAGGUCUAAGUCACACGGGAUAUUCUUGAAACCUAUCGGCCUUGAACUGGCUAGACGGGGACAUAAUGUAACAGUUUUAACGUCAAGUCAGGAUCUUAAUCCACCAAGAAAUUACAAUCAAAUUGUCAUCGAAGUUAAAGGAAUGUGGGAAUAUAUGGGUACAAAGAGGCCCAAUGUUUACGAUUCAAAUGAAAUGACAGCGAUAGAAUUUAUAAACAAGGUAUUAUGGGUUGGUGGAUUAGCGUAUACAGAAAAUAUUUUGAACUCUACUGAAUUCCAGCAAUUUCUAUCUAAAAACAACAAAUUUGAUUUAGUAAUCUGUGAGGCGUUAAUUCAAGAAGCUUUAUAUGCGCUAGCGCAUAAAUACAGCGCUCCUCUGGUUCUGGUUACAGCUUUUGGGAAUUGUAUGAGACAUAAUUUAGCUGUUGGAAAUCCUUUACAAUUAGCAACAACUUUAUACGAAUUUCUAGCAGUUGAAGAUCCUACAAGUUUUCUAGGAAGACUAGAAAACUUGUAUACGUCACUUUACGAAUUUUUUUGGUGGAGAUUCUGGUAUUUGUAUAAACAAGAGGAACUGGUGAGGAAAUAUAUUCCCAAUUUAGCCCAGCCGGUACCUAGUUUGUACGAAAUGCAAAGGAAUGCAUCGCUUUUUUUAAUCAACAGUCAUUUCAGCUUUGAUAGCUCUGUGCCGUAUUUGCCGAACAUUAUUGAAAUUGGAGGCAUCCACACUCACUCUGACGAUAGAUCUAUACCACGGGACAUAGAAAAAAUAUUGAACGAUUCUAAAGAUGGCGUCGUUUACGUAAACUUCGGUUCUAACAUAAGAAGUUCUGAGCUGCCCCCAUCCAAAAGGAAGGUUUUUCUUACCGUUUUUGGAAGACUAAAUAAAACAGUGCUAUGGAAAUGGGAAGACAACAAUACACAAGACAUGCCCCUCAAUGUUGCAACGAGGAAAUGGUUUCCACAGAACAAAAUCUUGUCUCAUUCAAAUAUUAAGCUGUUUAUCGGUCACGGAGGUUUAAUGAGUACGCAGGAAGCAGUUUUUCACGGAGUGCCAAUCCUUGGCAUACCAAUAUAUGCUGAUCAGUACAAUAAUUUAUUGCUCGCUCAAGAAAUUGGUUUCGGAAAGAUACUGAAGUACCGCGAUAUUAACGAAGAAUCACUGGACAAUGCUAUCAACGAUAUUCUUCAAAACAACGAUUAUAUGAAUAAAGCUAAAGCCGUGUCGAAAAGGUUUAAGGAUAGACCGAUGAAUCCUGCGGAAACAGCACUUUUUUGGAUAGAAUAUGUCUUAAGAAAUGAUGGCGCACAUCAUAUGAAGAGUUCAGGAUUCGAUAUGCAUUGGCUUGUCUAUAACAUGUUAGAUGUGUACAUUUUUAUUUUGAUACUAUUACUUGCAUCCAUGUACCUCUUGUAUAAGGUAAUAAGUGUUUUAGCUAAAUUGUCGCAAUCAAGGGUUGUUGUACGAUUACGGAUGGAUAAGAAAUUGAAAUAA